AUGUAUGGCGGGUUCCGGAAGCUCGGGUUUUGCGCGACCACGGACACCCUCGUAGCGGUUAUGGGCGAGUCAUUUGACACGGAUCUCCUCAAGUUCUGGGAAGAUUCUCUCGCUGUCCAGGCCGACGCGAAAGUAUGGGCGGUGUUAAUCCGUAACGCUGCCGACAAAAGCAACGCUGGGACCGCCUUGUCGGUGUAUCAGGCUGCGCUGUCGAGAGGCCUUCGUCCCGACAAUGCGAUGUUCCAUCCCGUGAUUCGCGCUGUCUGUGCAAAUGGUCUGAGAGCGCCUGACGACUAUAGCAUAGAUCAAGCACUCGAGUUACUCGAGGCAUUCGUCAAGCUGCAUACAUCUGAUGGCGAUGAACAUGAUCAACUCGACGAGUCAUCAGAAGGUCACUCAACACCUGACGCCCCCAUCUAUAACACAGUCCUGCGCGCGAUGGCCUUCUCUCCGAACGUCAUCGAGAAGUACGUCCCUCGAAUACUCGGCAUGUUGGAAGACAUGCGCUCCCGCAACGUUUCCAUGGACAGCACGACCUCUGCGUCUCUCAUUGUGGUUCUGGUUCGCUCUGCGUCAAACCACGAGGAGGCGAUCCGCAUCUACGAGUUCUUCAGGAGCACUAAAGAUGGACAGUCGAUUCUCAACGAACAGGGCUAUAUCAGUGCCCUGCACGCGUUUUGCGCCAGCUCGAAAGGCAAGAAUGCGGUCCCCCCUCCACGGUUUUACUUCCGUAUUGUCAGCGAUAUGCGCACCGCAGGCUACGAGAUCACGCCUCCGGUCUACACCAUCAUCCUCCGGCACCUUGCCGAUCUAGCCGGCAAAAUCUGCUCUAUUGGGGACGAAGAUGAGUUGCAGGCACAGUUGCUCCCCGUUGUCAACGCUAUCAGAAAGACACAUCAGCUACUCGUUGUCGACUCUUCUCUCAACCCAGACACUCCGCUCUGGAAUCAGCUCAUGGAUGCCUAUCAGCGUUCGGGUUGCUUUGCUGAGGCGUUGCAGAUCUACGAGAUGCUCUCCCGUUCCAGCCAGUACAACGACGCUAGUCUUAGCAUCAUUCUCGAUGCUUGCGGCUUCGCCGAUGCAUACCCAACAGCUCUGCGUAUCUGGAACAACGCUGUUGCCGGUGGCGUGAAGCCCAACCAAAAGAACUGGAAAACUUGGCUCGAGUGCCUAUGUCGACUAGGCCACAUCAGCGAUGCAGUCAAGGCGAUGUGCUUGGAAAUGUCCCAGGCGGAACCUUCCGUCAAGCCGGACGUCGAAUGCGCACAGAUUGUCUUGUCCUUUGCCUCUGCAACGAACCAGGAGUACGAAGUACGCGACCGCAUCAAGCGUAAUCUCCCAUCACUAUGGAAAGCAUUGUCAUCGAAUUUGCGACUGGAACUACAUGACCCCUAA